AUGUUCUCUCAAGAUAAGACAAAUCCCCAAAUAACUCAUAAGCUCCUGAUCGUCUUAUCUGUGGUCGAUGUCAUCUACCUCCUGGUCUCCAUGCUUAUUUGGCAACCAAUACAUCUAUUUGAUUGUGAAUGUCUCCUCCGAUGGCCCAUAGUUAGACACAUAAUAGGUGUGCUCAUGGAUAUAUUUGAAUGCUUCAGGAAUUGGGUAGUUGUACUAAUCGGCGUGGAACGCAUCGUAGUCGUCUGGUUUCCACUUCGUAGCAAAGUGUGGUCGAAUGAACGGCUAACUGAUCGCCUCUUAGCUGCCUGUUUUGGAUUUAAACUCCUGGUUUCAUUUCAUCUCAUCUGCUACCUGGUCAUCGAGAACACGGAACUUCCUAUCAUCUCGUGA